AUGAAUGACCUGGCCGACGGUGUUGCCAAUGUCUCUUUAACGGAAGAAGGCAAUAGCCCCGAGCCAGCAACCGACCAGCAGGCAGAAGAAUAUGCGCCGCCUUUGCGACCGGUCGUCGUCUAUACGCGACCUCAGAUGCUCUUCUUGUACAGAUCCCCCUUAGUACAAACACCUGACGGGAUGCCUGCUUUGAAGGACUGGUUUGGGGAUCCCAAUCUGCAGACUCUGGCCAACGUUCCCGAUGCUUCCUCGACCUCCGGUACUGAUGCUCCUGCCCGGCCUCAGUUUCGGUCCACUUUAUCUCAGCCUUCUCAAAUGGGUAACUUCAAGCAUCAGUCUCUGCGUACAGGAGAUCGCGACCGGGAUCGCGACACAGACAAAGAGCGUGAUAAAGAAGGGAUACGCAACCUCUCGGACAAGUUCGAUCGCGACCGCCUUGCGCAGCCGUCUAAUUCCACCCUCGUGCGUAACAGGGAGAGAGACUCUGCGCCUCAUUUGUCUCCAGGAACUUCGACACGUGCGGCUGCAACAGUUCAAGUCUCCAAUGGUACCACCCGUCGGUCUGAUGGCAGGGAAGGUACUCGAAGGCGGGUUGGUGAGACUAGCGACGAUUGGCGCAGAGGCGCUGAGCCUCUCCGCGGGGUGAAGGAGGAUCGUUCCGAUGUCUCGAGACGGGAUCGCGAUGACCGAGAAAGACCAAGGUCCCGAGUCCGCGAUUCAUCAAGAUCCAGGCGAGAUACUUCAGCCGUGCGCGGAGAGAGGGAUCGAGAUGACAGAGAUAGGGAUCGCAGAACUGAACGCAAUGGCGCAAGAAGAGAUCGGGAAGCUGACAAGGACCUCGAAGAUGAUCCCAGGCGUUGGAGGGACGACGGCAAACGCGAUGAAAGGAUGGCCAACAGGCGGGACCGCGAUAAGGACCGGGAUAGGGAUCGUGGUCGCGAUGAGUGGGACGAUCGCAGCUACGACCGUCUCCGGGGAGAUCGGUGGGUCCCCGCAGAUGACAAAGAGGGUCGUUCCAAGAGAAGCUCGGGCCGUGAGCGGAGAGGGGAGGAAACUCGGGAUAGGGAUGAUAGACGAGAUAGAGACAAGGAGCGGGAGAAGGAGAAGGAGCCAGCAUGGAUGGAGACGUACGUACCUACGACUUCUUCAGGCGGCAUCCUUGGCAGCAAGCCUGCGGACGGUGAACUGGAUAGCAUCCAAGCUUGGAAGAAGGAGCAGAGGGAGAAGGAACGUAGGGAGAGGGGUGGUGACGCCGAUCUGUCAAACGCAGAAUGGGUGGGAAGGGAGCCUGGUGCCUCGGCUGCAGGGGCCCCUGAUGCGCAGCUGGACGAGAUACAACUCUUCAAGCUACUUAUUAAAAAAGAAGAGGAAAAGCGGAAGGCAGGUGAUUCACCCGUCCCUGGGAGUGCUGCAGAACCAGGUCCUUUCAUCGGUCCAAAGGCGACGACACCUGUUAAUGGUGCCACUCUUCCUACGUCGCAGGUAUUAUCUGCCUCUCAGACGGGAGGAAAGGAAAGCUCUGGUCCCUUCAGUGAGCAGUCGUUUUCAACAGCGACGUCCACUCGGACAGAUAACUCCCCUGCCACUCCAUCGGACGGUCCUAGGUCACUUCUAUCCAUCAUCGCAUCUGGUUCCAGCGAAUCAGCUACGUCUCGCAUCGUUAAAUCACGGGGAUCCUCUGAAGUACCUUAUAACGGAGCUGUUUCCGCGGAGAAAGGCCCUGCGGAUACCGCGGCGUUCGAAUCCGCUCCUGCUCAGUUCAAUCCACCUGCAGGUUCGCGCCUACUUGCCUUUGGCUCUCGUAACACCAUCACUGGUGCACAGUCGCAGCCACUACAGUCUCAUGCCGCCUCCCAGGUUGCACCAGGCUCAUCCCCUUCCCAUGGAUCUGUCAUGUCGGCUUCGGGUCUGUUACCACGGGGAGAUCUGGCUGGCCCUUCCUUGGAAACUCCGCAUUUAGGUCCCGACGCGGAAAUAAACUUCCAUCGUGGAGCGUCUCGUGCAGAACACCUUCAAUCACAACCACAAUUUUCUCCCUUCGACGAUGUGUCACGACAAUUUGCGCCAAGCGACCAAACCCGUGUCAGCGGGGCAUUUGCUCAACCUGUUGAGUCUUCGCGGAGGAUGUCGGUCGCGGCGGAGCGUUCCCAGUACGCGCCGACGGAGAUGGCAAGCACUUACGCUGAGUCGGGUGGUGGCCGGACAACACCCCUCACUCAGCUUGGUCACGGAUUAGGGAAUGCGGGGACCAGCUUCGAGCAGCUACAAGGUAUUCACGCUGCGGCCGGAUUGAACCACGCCGCAGCGAAAGGAAGCAGAUUCGCAAAAUUCUUCGAUUCGAAAUUGCGCGAGCCCCAAAUUCCUGGUGUGAAUAAAGUCGCCGCACCCGGUGGGGGUCUGGGCAUGGACUAUGCAAUGCAAAGGCAGGACCAAAACUCCAUGCUCGCAGGUAAUCCUGAGAGCCGGGCGAUGGAUGAUAUCUUUGCAAUGCUGAAUAACUCUGCCCAAACACAGAGAGUGAACCACGCGAAUCCAAUGAGCCACUUGCAGCAGUCCGUGGGUGGUAUGAAUAACAUCGGUCUACAGUCCAUACAUGCAUCCCAGCACCAUCAACUUCGCCAACAACAGCAGCAGACCCUUCUAACGAGUCGGCUUGACUCUCUUCCGGAGCAUCGCCUUGACGAUCGCAACUUCGUCCCCGACGGAAUGGUCCCAGGACUCCGUACUGCACCUCCGCCUCGAUCUAGGGAGCGUAGCGGUAUUUACAUGGAUCAGCUUGACGAUCAGUUACAAGUGAACUACCAACGGGCACCCCAGCAGCGCGUGCUUGAGCCCUUGUUCAAUGGCUCAGGUCCUUCGACAUUCCCGCAUCAAGGUGUCCGUAAUACUUCUCUGCCGCUUCAACACCCUCAAUUCCGUGGGGGUCCUUCUCCGAUCACGAGUCAAAACCCUCUCCAAGCUCAUGGGCAGCAACGUAUCCCCCCCGGGCUGGCACACCUAGGUGGUCGGCCACCCCAUGAAACCUCGCAGUUCAUAGGUGGUCCAAUGGCUGUGAAUUCAGGGGCGAUUCCGGCUGGUUUGCAGAACAAUCCCUCCCCGCAGGCGUUCAAUAAUCUUGCCAAUACCAAUGGGUUGAACUUCAGCGGCCAACAGAUGCGCGGGAUGCAGCAGUCGGGACAGCAUCAAUUGCAGAAUCAUCUUGCCUCCCAGAACGCACUAGGACUAGCGCAUUCUAAUGGUCUCGACCUACGGGGAGUCCCCAAUCAGCCUCAUUUGACAUUGGGAGGUAACUCGACAGGUCUCAGACCUGGGUUUCCCACUGCCGCACCCCAGCAAGGCCUGGGGGCGCACUUGCAAGCCCAACAACUUGCCAAUCUUCGGCAGCAACAGCAGCCGGCGCCGAUGUCCCAUCAGGCACUACCGCAUCUGCUGCCGCCCCAUUUGCAACAACAAGGGCUCCCUAGGCCCAGUGCGUCGCCCGCGGCCAACGACCUAAUGGCCUUGCUGAUGGGCGGACCCCGUCGGGAAUAAUCACGUCUGUAAUCUGGUAUAUCCCCUUUCAUUUGGACUGAUAUCCUGCAUUUACUUUCUCGAACAUUGGUACAUUCCCUUUACUCAAAUAAUAUAAUACGUUCAGCAUAUCACGACGAUGACGCAUAUGUUUCACCCACUCGAUGGUCAGUGUACGAGGCUGUGGUCUACUUAGACAUAUG